AUGGAGGGGUUAUUAAAUUGUCAAAAGGAUAUCUUUAAUAGAAUAUCAAAGGCUCAAAUAAACUUUAAAAAAUCUCCUAAAGAGCGAAUAACAGAGUCUUACGUAGAAACAAAACUUGAUAAUGUAGAACAGUUAUGGCUUGAGUUUAUUACUACACAUCAGCAAAUAAUUAAGGAAUAUAAAUGGGAAGAUAUACAGCGUAGUUUCUAUAUUAAAGAAGAUGUGUAUGAGAAAACUGAGGAAAUGUUUGUGGAUUAUAAAAGUUUACUUAAAAAAUAUUUAAAAUCAUUUAAUCAGAAUAAAGUAACAAGUGAUGAUAAAGGUUCCGGUUCUUCUAAGACCAAUAAUGGAUCCUCUUCUGCAGUCAAAUUACCCAAAAUUACUAUCCCAGCAUUUUCCGGACGAUAUAUAGAAUGGGCAACAUUCAGAGAUAUGUUUGUAUCGUUAAUUCAUUCCAAUGAGUCAUUAGAUGAUGUUCAAAAGUUACAUUAUUUAAAAGGACAUUUGACUGGAGAAGCGGAGCAGUUAAUAAGACAAGUUCCAGUAACAUCUGCAAAUUAUAAACAGUGCUGGGAACAGUUAGAGAAUAGAUACAAUAACAAACGAUAUUUAGCUAAUUGUAUUUUAAAGAGAUUAUUUAGCCAAAGGUCUUCAAAUAAUGAAUCGGCAUCCGCAUUAAAAGAUUUAUUAGAUACCACCACUGAUUGUAUGCACGCCUUAAAAAAUCUUGGAGUAGAUGUAAAUUCGUGGGACAUCAUUAUAAUACAUAUUGUUAAUUAUAAAUUAGACCAAGAGACACGCAAACAGUGGGAACUGAAGAUAUCUGCUGAAAUUUCAAACGAUCUACCUACUUACAAUCAGUUUUCUGAGUUUCUACAAAGUAGAUUUAGAGCUCUAGAAUGUAUAGAACCGAGGCAGAAGUCUUCAAUUCCUAAUAGCGGAUCAUUUCCUAAAACAAAAACUUGUAUGCAUGUGACUACUAAUGUAGUUUGUGAAUUCUGUUCCGAACCUCAUAAAUUAUGCUUUUGUACGAAGUUUGCAAAAUUAGACUACAGUAAUCGUUACGAAUUUGUGGCAAAAAAUCGUCUGUGUUUUAAUUGCCUGGGCGGCAACCACUCUGUCAAGUCUUGCCAGAGUACUGUUAGUUGUAAAGUUUGUAAAAGAAAGCAUCACUCCCUCUUGCAUCCAACUGGUAAAAAACGUCCUGAGAUCUCAAGUUCUGUCAAUACAUCAAGUAAUGUUGAAUUAGUAACUAACGACGAUAAAGUUGAAACGGCUUUAGGUGAAUCGUCAUCUAGUAAUGUAGUGUCAUGUUUUUCGACGGGUCAAAUGGCAGCUCAUAGCCAAGUGUUGCUAGCUACUGCACUUAUACAAGUUGAUGCUUAUAAUAAUGAGAGAAGAUUGAUAAGGGCAUUGCUUGACCAAGGAUCGCAAGCAUCCUUCGUUACAGAAUCAACUGUUCAGUAUUUGGGAGUUAAGAAGAUUCCAGUGAGAGGGACUAUAUCUGGUCUGGAUGGAAACAAGAAUGUAACUGUCAAAUACAUGGUUCAACUAAAGGUACGUUCACGUGUUAAACCUGAAAUAGUAAUUAAUGUGCAGGCGUAUGUAUUAAAAACAAUUACCACGUUACUACCAAGCAAAAAGGUAAUUGAAUUAAACUGGUUAGAUUUAAAUGGAAUUCAGCUAGCAGAUCCACAAUAUCAUACUCCUAACAAAAUACAUAUUUUGUUAGGAGCUGAAGUGUAUGGGCAAAUUAUUGAAGAUGGGUUAAAACGGGGACCUCGAGGCUUACUAGUAGCUCAAGCUACGUCACUGGGAUGGAUACUUUCUGGGACUGUCGAUGAGAUAUCUAACUCAGAUACUAAUAUUGUAGCCAUGCAUUUAUGUACAGAUGACAAUAAUCUCCUCAAGAAAUUUUGGGAGAUCGAGAAUGAUCCUCAUUCAUCAAAACGAAUUUUGACAGAAGAAGAAACUUUUUGUGAACAAAUAUAUAUGGAGACCACACAACGAGAUAGUACUGGAAGAUACAUCGUGAAGCUUCCUUUUAAGUAUGAAAAUCGUAAACAGAUAAAGAGAGAUUCUAGAGAAAUAGCUGCUAAACGAUUAAAUAGAUUAAUGAUAAAAUUAAAUAAAAAUAAAAACCUGAAGGAAAAAUAUAUAGAGGUAAUGGAUGAGUACUUACGGUUAGGUCACAUGGAGAAGAUACCUGAAACAGAAAAGAGUAAUCAAUUAAGUUUUUACUUACCUCAUCACGCGGUCGUUAACAACAACAAGGAUACGACAAAGGUUCGUGUCGUAUUUGAUGCUUCUGCAAAAAACGAAAAUGGCGUUUCAUUAAAUGACAUUUUAAUGAUAGGGCCAAGACUGCAGCCUGAAUUACGCCAUUUAAUCAUGCGAUGGAGAAAACCUAAAAUAGUCCUAGCUGCUGAUAUUAACAAAAUGUACCGUCAAGUCAAAGUGUAUGAUCAAGAUGCAGACUACCAACGUGUGCUUUGGUAUAAUAAUAAAAAUGGACAAAUACAAGAUUACAGAUUAAAAAGACUUACCUUUGGUACGGCGGCUGCUCCCUACUUAGCAGUGAAAACACUGCAACAAGCUGCAGUAGACGAAGGUAUAAACUAUCCAAAUGUAGCUGAAAGGGUAAAAACUGAUUUUUAUAUGGAUGAUCUUUUGACGGGGUGUGAUACAGUAGAAGAAGGUGCUAUUAUUUAUGAAGAAAUGAAUGAGCUAUUACGAAGAGGAGGGUUUGAAUUACAGAAGUGGAUGACUAAUAGUGAGGAGUUGUUAAAUAAAAUCAAGCAAGGAAAGGAAGAAACACAUGAAGGGUUCAAGCUAAAAUUAGAUGAAGUAGUUAAACUCUUAGGACUUACCUGGAAUCGAUCAGCAGAUGUCUUUCGGUACUCGGUAAAUCUUCCUCCGGAAUCUGGGCCUGUAACAAAAAGAAAGAUUAUUUCGGAAAUAGCAAAAAUAUUCGAUCCGCUAGGUUGGGCAGCUCCUAGCGUGAUCAUAGCAAAGGUAUUAAUUCAAAGGCUUUGGAUUUUAGGAGUAGGAUGGGAUGAUGAAAUUCCAAAUAAUAUAAUUAAUGAGUGGUGUACUUACCGCAAAGGCUUGUCUCAAUUGAAGAAAAUUGAUAUACCAAGAUGGUAUGGAUCUCAAUUCACAUCCUCACAAGUCGAAUUGCAUGGCUUCUCAGACGCGUCGAAGAUAGCGUAUGCAGCUGUAGUUUAUAUACGAUUAAUAGAUGAACAGGGUAAUAUCCACGUUUCUUUGGUUUCUGCUAAGACUAAAGUUGCACCAAUCAAACAAAUUUCAGUUCCUAGAUUAGAGUUAUGUGGUGCAGUGCUUCUGACUCGACUAUUAGUCGAAAUAGCAGAGAUUAUAGGUGUAUCGAAGACUGAUAUUAGAGCUUGGACAGACUCUACGGUAGUAUUAGCGUGGUUGAAUAGCUAUCCGAGCAAAUGGCAAACUUUUGUUGCUAACAGGGUAUCCGAAAUUUUGUCAACUUUAGAUUCUCAACAAUGGGCACAUGUAACUUCAAGUCAAAAUCCUGCCGAUUGUGCGUCACGAGGAGUUAGUCCAUUGGAUUUAUGGCAAAAUACGAGAUGGUUCAAUGGACCGGAGUUUUUAUAUAAACACGAAGUGCAAUACGAAAGGCCGAAGAGCAUUGUUACACAUUUAGAAGAAUGUAAAGUUCACGUAAGUGUCACGGAAACUACAAUUUGGGAUCGGUAUAAUUCUUUAACAAAAUUAAUUCGAGUGGUCGCGUAUUGUAAACGUUUUCUGAACCGGCGGAAGAAUCAGGAGAGAUCAAACACUGCUUUUCUUUCAACUAAGGAAUUAUCUGGUGCUUUAGAAACAUGUAUCAAGGUUUGUCAAAUGCAAAGUUUCAGUGAAGAGAUAGCGCAUAUUAAUAGAAAUAAAGAGUACAGUACAAUUAAAGGCCCAUCAGAAUUCAGUAUUCAAACGCCCUGCAUCCAAAUUAUGUGUGUUACCAGUUACUGA